AUGCCUGUGUCACCCGCGUGCCACCCUCCACCCAAGGAGGAGGAAAUUUGCAUGGAAAAUUGUUGUUCUUUUGCAGAACUUAAAAGAGGCAACCUACUCAAGGUUCCUGUGGCUAACAAUGACCUUGUGGAUGUGCAUAAUAGCCUGGUGUGCACUGCCCUCUGGGAAAAGCUCAGUGUCUUCUCUGAGAUGGAAGCCAACUUCAAGAACCUGUCCCGGGGGCUGGUGAAUCUGACCGCCAAGCUGACCCACAAUAAGGAUGUCAGAGACCUGUUUGUGGAUCUUGUGGAAAAGUUCGUGGCACUCUGCUGCUCUGACCACUGGCUGUUGAAUGAUGUGCGGCUCUUCCUGGAUCAGUACACGGCAUCAGUCCACUCCCUAGAUGGCUUCCAGCACCAGGCCCUCUGGGACCACUACAUGGACACCCUUCAUGGCUGUCUCCUGCUUCUCUAUCAUGACUGAGUCCCCUCCCCUCACCCU